AUGAAGAAGCUAAAGCAUAAGAUAGUUGAAAAGAUGAAGGAGAGCACUGCAGACACACUUGGAAUAACAAGAGCAGUCCUUGUUAAUGAUAAGUUGCUAAAGAAGUUGGAUCACCUUGAGCAUACAUCUAAAGUCUGUGCAGGUAUUGCUUUUAAUGCAAGAGAUGUCAUCAUUCAAGUGAAGGGACUAGCAAGAGGACAUCAUAAUAUGAGUAGUGUGUUCAAUAAUAUUGGUGUUUAUGAACCACAUACUGAUGCCAGUGUUGCUUUUGCUAAUUUUGGUGCAGCUCACAAGAGCAUGGCUGAAGAAGGAGACAAGCUAGUAUCCAGAGUUGGACCUAUGCUUAAAGAUCUUCGUACAUUCUUAACAAAGGCUGUCCCCGAUACUAAGCUGACCAUCAAAAAAUAUCAAAGUGCCAAGUUUGAGUUUCUAUCGUACUGUUUGAAGGUGAAAGAGAUGGAUGAUGAGGAAUACGAAUGCAAUCACAUUGGACAACCAUUGCCUCGUGUGAUGACUGGGAACUACGAAUACAGAGUUUUGCUUAGAUGCCGUCAUGCUACAAAAAGGAAGUUUAUGAAACUUCGUUCGGACGUUUUGGUAAAACUUCAGCUAUUGGACAACAAAAGAGUACAAGAUCUGGCAUUUCAGCUUGAGAGGUUGAUUGGUGGCAUGUAUGUAUACUGCAGACAGAGUUACAAUGUACUCAAGCCUGCCUGUGUCUUUCCCAUUGAAGUACAGUUGCAGCUAGAAGAGAAGCAGGGCCCCAUUGGAAUGGAGGAGGGAGAGAGAGGCACAGCUACUCUGACAGAGGUUAAGAAAAAAGAUGAUGAUGACGUUCCGCUACUUGAUCUUCCUGCAGAAGAAGCGAAAAAAGAGGAAGGAGAGAAAAAAGAGGAAGUAGUUGAUCUCAUAUCAAUUUAA